AUGCUCGUAGACGAUGUUGGAGUAUGUUUAUCCAAUAUAUCUAGAGAACUUGAAUGAGAAGUUUUUAUUUAUAUUAUUUAUUGUUUUUUCCAGGAUGUCAUUGUGACUAACGAUGGAGCUACGAUUUUAAAGCAACUGGAAGUUGAGCACCCGGCAGGCAAAGUUCUCGUCGAACUCGCUCAACUCCAGGAUGAAGAGGUUCUUGAAUGAAAUUUUCACCGUGCGAAAGUAUAAAUUUCAGGUUGGAGACGGAACAACUUCUGUUGUCAUUGUUGCUGCUGAGUUGUUGAAAGCGGCCGAUGAGUUGGUCAAGAACAAACUCCACCCAACAACAGUCAUCAACGGCUACCGUUUGGCUUGCAAGGAAGCAGUCAAGUACAUCCAGGUGGGAGCAAAUUUGAUUUUUUAAAAUCCAAUUUUCAAAUCUAUUUUUCUCAGGAGAGUCUUUCUUUCUCAUCCGAUGACCUUGGUCGUCAGUCGAUCAUCAACGUCGCUAAAACUUCCAUGAGCAGCAAGAUCAUUGGCCCGUGAGUUUAUCUCUUCAUUUUUCUUCUUUUUACAAGUAUUCUGAUCGUUUUUUUUUCUUCAGAGAUUCUGAUUUCUUCGCUGCAAUGUGUGUUGAUGCGGCUGAAGCCGUCAAGGUCACCGAUUCUACGGGAAAGGUAUCUCGACUCGAUAUUAUUUUUGUCAGAUAAGAAAUUUUGAGGUUACGUACCCGAUCAACGCCGUUAACGUCUUGAAGGCUCACGGAAAAAGUGCUCGCGAAUCUCAACUGAUCAAGGGAUACGCGCUGAACUGCACCGUCGCCAGUCAAGGUUUCAUCUAACUUUCUCGAUUUCCAAUUCGAUAUUACUUCCAGCUAUGCCUCUUCGUGUCCAAAACGCUAAAAUCGCCUGCUUGGACUUCUCUCUUCAGAAAGCCAAAAUGCACUUGGGUAUUUCUGUCGUGGUUGAAGACCCGGCAAAGUUGGAGGCUAUCCGCCGAGAGUUAGUUGCGAAACGAUGAUCGAAACUAGGCUAUUUUUCCAGGGAGUUUGACAUCACCAAACGCCGCAUCGAAAAAAUUCUGAAGGCCGGAGCCACUGUCGUUUUGACGACUGGUGGCAUCGACGACUUGUGUCUCAAGCAAUUCGUCGAAGCUGGUGCCAUGGCCGUUCGUCGAUGCAAGAAGUCGGAUUUGAAGCGCAUCGCCAAGGCUACAGGAGGUUAAUUUUUUGACAUGAUUGAGAUUUGUAAUUUGUUCCAGCGGUUUUGACUUCUUCGUUGGCCACUCUCGAAGGAGAUGAAGCUUUCGAGGCUUCCUAUCUCGGAAACGCAGAAGAAGUCGUUCAGGAAAGGAUCAGCGACGACGAGUUGAUCCUGAUCAAGGGACCAAAGUCUCGAACUGCCAGCAGCAUCAUUUUGAGGUGCGAAUAAGAAGGGAAAAGAACAAAUAGAAACCUGAAGACAAGAAUUUUAAUUUAACUCCUGGAGAUAUUGUGUCAAUCAGGACUGUGAUGAGGCGUCUCAAUGAGUUAAUGUUCAAGUGUUUGAAAAAUUCAAUCGAAUAUUAGUCUUUUAUCAGCGUUUAGAAUUUGACUACCGAACUUCCACUAUACCAGCUGUGAUUUCGAAAAAAUAUCGUUUGGAUAUUGGUGUUAAAAAUCAUUAAAGUCGUUUUCAUGAAAAACAAAAGAAAAAAACUUGACAAAAAUUAAGCAGAUUCAAAAUUUUGAUAAAAACUUUAUUAUUAUCAACUUCUUUGUUUUCGAAAUUUCCCGAUUACGUAAACUUCGCACAACUCCCCUUCUGAGUAUCUGUUGCUCAUACAAAUAUUUCGAAGCAUAUUUGAAUAUUGCGAAAUUAGGAAAACCGUUUUUAAAAAGAGAACAUGUUUUUUGUAAGGCUUGAAUAACUUUUUGUCCGAUUAAAUGAUUCAAAUUGAUGAUUUUUUUUUUCUUUUUGAAACUGAGUAAAACGUUUUUUGUUUAAGAGGAGCGAACGACGUGAUGCUGGACGAGAUGGAGCGGUCGAUGCACGACGCUCUCUGCGUAGUCCGAAGAGUUCUCGAGAGCAAGAAGUUGGUUGCCGGCGGAGGGGCCGUCGAAGCCGCUCUCAACGUCUGGCUUGAGGCUUUCGCCACGACUUUGGUUGGCUUAUCUCCCAUACCUUCCGUCCUUAUUUUUGGUUUUGCAGUCGUCUCGCGAACAGCUCGCCGUUGCUGAAUUCGCCCAGGCUCUGCUGGUAAUCCCGAAGACGUUGUCGUCGAACGCCGCCAAGGACCCUACGGACCUUGUCGCUAAGCUCCGCGCUUUCCAUACCAAGUCUCAGAAGAACGCUCAACUCCAGCAUUUGCGAUGGUUCGCUAAAAGGAUUUUUCGAAGGAGAAUUUAUUUUUGGAUUUUAGGGCUGGUUUGGAUCUGGAGAAUGGUAGCAUCCGUGACAAUAAGGAAGCUGGUGUCUUGGAGCCGAUGCUUAGUAAGGUCAGUUGGAAAAGUUCGUGGUUAAAGUUCCAAAAAUACGCAUAUUAAACGAACUCGAGAAAAAUUUGAAUCUCCACACGUUUAUCGAGUAAUUGAAAAAGGAAGUUAAAAAUCUCUCGGAGUUUUUUUUUUGACUGAAACAAGUGGGAAAAUUUUCAGGGCUCUUUAGAAUUAAAACUUUUAUUUUUUAGUUUGAGACAAAAAAAAAGGAACUUUUUGAUUUUUGAAUCAGCCAACAUUGCUCCAUUAUUUUUUUUUUUGAACGUUUCUCGUCAUUUUUUAAAAAAAAAAGUUUUAUGUUUUAACGUCAUCAUAUCAGGUGAAAUCGUUGAAAUUCGCGACGGAAGCCGCUAUCACGAUUCUCCGUAUCGAUGAUCUCAUCAAGCUCGACAAACAGGAGCCCCGUGGAGGACACGACGAAUGCGGUGGCGAAUAA